AAAUACCGAAGACCCCAUUUAUUAGUCGAUUUCUUAUUUAUGCCUAUCGAAAAACGCCGUGUUGAGGUUCCGGCAUCUAUAUAUUUUAUUUACCAGCGGUCUAAUUUAUAUAGAAUUCAUCAGAAAUGACGAUCGGGAAAAACAACAAAAUGAUUCAGCACCUGAAUUAUCGGGUGCGAAUCGUCCUCCAGGAUUCGAGAACGUUCAUCGGAACCUUUAAAGCGUUCGACAAACACAUGAACUUGAUCCUGGGCGAUUGCGAGGAGUUUCGCAAGAUUCGCUCAAAGAAUUCCAAAGUGCCGGAACGCGAGGAAAAGCGAGUUUUAGGCUUCGUAUUGCUGCGCGGCGAGAAUAUAGUUUCGCUCACGGUCGAGGGUCCUCCGCCGCCAGAAGAGGGUCUGCCCCGAGUCCCCAUUCCUGGAGCCGCUCCUGGCCCGGGAAUCGGACGAGUGGCCGGAAGGGGAGUCCCCAUCAACAUGUCCGCCGUGCCAGCGGGUCUCCAAGGACCGGUGAGAGGCGUGGGCGGACCCGCCCAACAGCACAUGGCUCCAAUGGGACGCGGAGUUCCCCGGGCACCGAUGAUGGGAGCCCCGCCUCCGGGCAUGAUUCCCGGGGGAAUGCCGGCAAUGCCUGGGAAUAUGGGACGCGGCGCUCCUCCACCAAUGCGCGGUCCACCGCCAAGUAUGAUCCGUGGAGCACCACCACCGGGCCGGGGUGGUUAUUAAUAAAUACACUACACUACAAAACCAAUAAAACUCACUUAGAAAACCAUA